UGUGUGUGUGUACGUGUGCUCGUGUGUGGUCUAACACACUCAGUCUCUCUUUCUGCGGAGCCUUGGGUACUUGAUCCUCACAGCUUCACACACCCAGGGAUCAGGGUCAUCAAAAAGCUUCGAAAAGCUUCUGGUUCCUACGGAUCUAAAAGGCUUUUAUCCUUCCUCCUUUCAUCCCUUGAUUCAUCCUGUUAUUCAUCUGAACCUCCACCUCCGCCAUGUUUUAGCUCGUUUUUUUAUGCUUAUAAAAUAAGAUUCUAUAAUAACUCAGUAUUAUAAUGAGAUAAAUGUCUUGUAAGUAAUAAUGAGAAGUAAAAUAUAUUAAUAAUAAAUAUAUACAAUAACUGUUGCAGAAUAUUGUAAUAUUCUUGGAUUCAUAACUACAUAGCGAGGCUAGAGUUUGGCCAUGUGGUCCAACUUCUUCAUGCAGCAGGAGGACGAGGGGCGGAUGGGCGUGGCCUCUGCGGGCGGGGCAGGGGGUAUGGGAGGCCGGGGGGGUAAGAGGGCCAGGCCCCCUCGCAUGAACGAAAGCCAGGAGGGGAAGAUAAAGCUGGCGUUCUUCGUGGUGGUGGUGGGCGUGGUGCUGUCCGUGCUGGGCUUGGGGACGGAGUUCUGGGUGGAGCUUUCUCAGCCCAAACACUUCCAGAACAACCAGACCUGCAAGAUGGCUCAUUAUGGCCUGUGGAAGAGCUGCGUCAGGACGCUGUGGGUGAUGGACAUCGACCCAGAAAGGCAGAGCUGCGGACCAGCAGAACUUCCUGGAGAAUCCAACUGUACAUACUUCAAGUUCUACACCACAGGAGAAAAUGCAGUCAUUUUUAACAAAACAACAGAUAAAAAUCUGAGUUUAGGCACUGCGAUGUUGUCGGUCAUCAGUCUGUUUUUGAUGGGGAUGGGCUCUGUGUGUAUCGUCAUGUCUCUGAGUAAAGGUGUUCCCUUCCUCCUGAAGCCGGCCGCCGUCUGCUUCCUUAUCUCAGGCCUCCUGAUCUUCCUGUCCAUCGCAGUUUUCCACCAGUCGGUGUUGUCGUUGUUGGCAAGUGACCACAGCAUCCCCCUGCAUCACGAGCUGUCCUGGUCAGUGGCGUGCGUCGGCUCAGCCGGGGCCAUCCUCAUAGUCGGCGCCAUCUUCUUUCUGUUGCUCUCUUUUCCCUUCAAUCUUCUAGAGAAAUGCACGGGACAGAAAAGAAACAGCAACCCCUAGAGGCCUGGAGGACCUUAUAUAUUUAAACCUGACAAACUGUAUAAAUGUAAAGAGUGACAGUAGAGGCAGUUAAAAAAAUGGCUAAUAGAUAAUAUCUGGCUUUGAAAAAGCUUUGAAAAGUAUAUUAGGUAACGCUUUAUAAUACAGCCCGCGUUUUAGAGGGUAAGUACUGUGUACUUACAGAGUAAGAAUGGUAAAACACUGUACACUACAUAAUACAGCCCAACGCUCCCUGUUGUUUCUGAGAAUUUACUGAGUAAUAAUUAGUAAUACUAACAACAGUUAAAAUCAGGUGAGGUUUGGGUUUAUUAAACAUUAAUAUAAAACAUUGUGGUUUAUGUGUAUUAAUAAAUACAUUUUCUUUAAAAUCUCAGCAUUCCUGAUUGUGUUAUUGAAGAUACAUAAAUAUUAUUGGAUUUUAGUCUUGACAUUACCAACUAUACAUUUUCUUCCUGCUCCACCCUCACUGUUUUUAGCUGCUCCACCCUUGACAGUUUGAAAAGCAUAAAUCAAAUUCCCAUCUCCUUUACAAACUCAUAAAAUUAUUAGAAUAAUAAAUUGAUUCCCUGGAGUGUGACUGGAAAGAUGCCUUCAUAAUUGCCAUGCCAAAAUUUGAUUAGGGAAAAAAAAAGUUUAGGGAAACUGUACCUAUAUUUAAGUACGAGUAGGACCCCAUACGUAUUUUGUAUUUACUGAUUCAUAGAGAACAGCAACACCAUAAGUGUUGGAAAGGUACAAGGUAAGUUUUAUAAAGUUACCUAUUUUUUACACUCUUGUUCCUAUUUGUACUUUUUAUACGAACAGUUAAGUACUUAUAGGACCCAGUAAGUAUUUUGAAUGUACUGGUUUAUCCAGAGAAGUUACACCGUAAGUAAAGGGAAUCAACCCUCUAAAACGCGGGCUGUAUUAUAAAGCGUUACUGUAUAUUUUUACCUCUUGGCCACAACAUACACUAUUUGAAGAAAAAUCUUGAGACACCUAUAAAUUCAUUGAAAUUAAAGUUAUUAAAUUAAAAUUAAACUCCCCAACUCACCCCAAAUGUACUGGAUGGAGCACCAGCAUCAUUCCAGAGACCACAGACCUUCCACUGCUCCACAGCUCAGUGCUGUGCGAAUUGUUGCCAAAACUUUCAUUUUUGUUUAUCUGCUCAUAAGCUGUAUUUGUGCAUUUGCAUAUCUGUUUUUACCAAUGGAUGCAUUAAAAGGGGUGUCUACAAACAUUUGGAAACAUAGUGCAUCUUGUGUCCACCAGACGCUUAAUUCUUCUGCUCAUUAUUUAUUUUUU